GAAAUAGUAAAGUAUGUAAUUUUUUAAAUCACAGGAUGGCGAAGUAAAAUUUUGCUACACUAGUGAGGACAAAGUUUUAGUAUAUCCUUAAAAACAAUUAACGGGAAAAAAAAGGUCAAAAUAAUUCUCUUCAUAUUGCUGUAAUUUUUUUUAAAAUGUCGUAGACGAAAUUAUAAAUAAAGAUUCAAAAUACUGCAUUUCAAUCUACAUACAUCUCAUUUGAACGCACUCAGAAACGUAGAUCCUGAAUUAAAAGGGCAUUUAGAUUUAGAUAAAAAGUAGGAUCUGAUUAGAUAAGUUGUUCAAGUAACCGCUGAUUAUACAUCCUCCCGUACAAAUUCAGUUUUUCUAAAACCAAAAAAUAAAUAAAAUCUAUGCUAGCAUGCAGCUACAUAAAUAAAUAGCCCAGCACAGCAGGGAAACGGGAAGAGAUGAUGAUGGCGGAGCAUCUUCGGCGCUCGGCCGCCGGCAGCAGCAUCUUCUUCUUCAUCUUCUCCUCCUCCGCAGUCCGCAUCUUCCUCGCAUCUCUCUCCCUUCUGCUCCUGGCCGGAAUCAUAUCCCUCCCUUAUCUCCGGAGCCCCUCGGACGAGCCUUAUCUAUGCCGCAAGGAAGGGGUUAUUCUUCGCUGCCCGGACGUGGAAGAGCCUACAUCGCUUUGGGAGAACCCUUACUCAUCGACUGUAUCAUGGAAGCCAUGUACUGAGCGCCGUGAGAAGGGGAUAUCAGAUUUUCCAGCGGAGAAUAAAACAUCAGGAUAUAUACUGAUUCAUGCUGAAGGUGGUCUAAAUCAGCAGCGAAUAGCAAUCUGUAAUGCUGUUGCCGUGGCCAAAAUUUUGAAUGCAGCUCUUAUUUUACCGGUUCUAAAGCAAGAUUCAAUCUGGAAAGAUCAAACGAAAUUUGAAGAUAUAUUUGAUGUAGAUCAUUUUAUUGAGUAUUUGAAGGAUGAUGUGCGCAUCGUUCGAGACAUUCCUGACUGGUUUACACCAAAAACAUUUCUCUUCGAUAAUAUAAGGUGGACUGUGAAAAACAUCCCGAAAUUCGCACCUGCACAGUUCUAUAUUGACAAUGUACUGCCAAGGAUCAAAGAGAAGAAAGUAAUGGCUAUAAAGCCCUUUGUGGAUAGACUAGGGUAUGAUAAUGUUCCACCUGAGAUAAACAGGCUCAGAUGCAGGGUUAACUACCAUGCUUUAAAAUUCCUACCUGAGAUUGAAGAAAUGUCGGAUAAGUUGGUCGCGAGGAUGCGGAACCGCACCGGCACUUUGAACCCAUACAUGGCCCUUCAUUUGAGAUCUGAGAAGGGAAUGGUGGGCCUGUCCUUCUGCGAUUUUGUCGGUACGAGAGAGGAGAAAGAAACGAUGGCUGAAUUUAGAAAGAAGGAAUGGCCAAGGCGUUACAAGGAUGGAUCUCACCUCUGGCAAUUAGCAUUGCAGAAGAGAAAGGCAGGUCGGUGCCCUCUUGAACCUGGGGAGGUGGCAGCAAUCUUGCGUGCGAUGGGGUAUCCCGAAGAAACACAGAUAUAUGUCGCUUCUGGGCAGGUCUAUGGCGGAAAGAACCGGAUGGCACCUCUCAGAAAUUUGUUUCCCAAUUUGGUGACUAAGGAAGACCUGGCGAGCCAAGAGGAACUGGAGCAGUUCAGAAGGCACGUAACGAGCCUCGCCGCCCUGGAUUUCUUAGUUUGCCUAAAGUCGGACGUGUUCGUUAUGACCCACGGUGGCAACUUCGCGAAGCUGAUCAUCGGAGCUCGUCGCUACAUGGGCCACCGCCUCAAGUCGAUAAAGCCAGACAAAGGGCUCGUGUCGAAGUACUUCGGCGACCCUUACAAGGGGUGGCCGGACUUUGUCGAGGACGUGUCGAUCACGCACAAUACCCGGACCGGUCUUCCUGAGGAGACCUUCCCUAACUAUGAUAUCUGGGAGAAUCCUCUUACUCCUUGCAUGUGCAGGGCUUAAACAGUGUUCUUUCACUUCUUUUUUUUCUCCUUUUUUAUAUGUCAUUGUUUUAUCUUUUGUGGCACAUAAUUUAGGUCCAUUUGUAGUAGGAAUCUAAUCUUACAUUCUUUUUCUUUGUUAACCUAAUAACAAAUUGUACAGGUAUUCUCAGUA